AGCCGUGUGGGCAGAGGCGGGCUAUAUAAGCGGCUAGGCGGGCCGCCGCGGGGUACACGGCGACAGCGACAGCGACCGCGACAGGGGCGGCAGGGAGCCUCUCGAAGCAUCGCCGAGCAGCGCAGCGCAGCCCCGCGCCCCCCGACGGGCCCGCCCGCCCGCUAUCCCUCUCCAGCAGCGUCGGCUCGGGCCAGCGAGGCCCGCCGCCACCCCGCAGCAGAUUUGGAUCCCCCGCCCGGAGAGCCCCAGGCUGUCGCCUCCCGGGGGACCCCGGAGCCGCGGCCGCCCCCGGAGAGCCCGGGCGCCCCGCCACCCCCCGGCUCCGCACCCGCCGACGGCGCCAUGGCGGCCGCCAAGCCCGGCGAGCUCAUGGGCAUCUGCUCCAGCUACCAAGCGGUGAUGCCACACUUCGUGUGCCUGACCGAUGAGUUCCCGCAGCCGGUGCGGCCCGCCAAGCUGCCCAAGGGCAAGGGCCGGCUGCGGCGGCCACGCCAGUCCCGCUUCAAGACGCAGCCGGUGACCUUCGACGAGAUCCAGGAGGUGGAGGAGGAGGGGGUGUCCCCGAUGGAGGAGGAGAAGGCCAAGAAGUCGUUCCUGCAGAGCUUGGAGUGCCUGCGCCGCAGCACGCAGAGCCUGUCGCUGCAGAGGGAGCCGCUCGGCAGCUGCAAACUGAGGAACAGCCUGGACUCCAGCGACUCCGACUCGGCCCUGUGAGGCGGUAGCCCGCUUGGGGACUUGCUCCACCGCCAAGCGCCGGGAAACAGAGGGAGCAUCCGGAGGGGACCCGCUCCCCAGGCGGCCCCGACCACCCGGGGUCAGCUCCCCUCACUCCUUGGGACUGUAGCCCGGCUGCGGACCCACCGGGGUCCCGAAGAGCGUUCGGGGACGCCAGGGAGGGGAGUCGCUUUCUUUGCCCUUGUAAAUGUUUAUUUUUUAACUCUUUCCCAGUCCGAACUCUGCUGUGAGUGUGCGCGGGAGGCGGCUCCGCUGAGUCGGCUCGUCGCCGGGGGUCGCCGAUGCAAUUCGGAUUCUGCACACCGCUCCACUGUGCCCCACCUCCAGCGCACACCCGUUCACACUCACGCCGACACUUUCGCUGAACACUUUUUAUAAUUGUUGGGCUAACUGAGGGGACUUGGGGCGCAGCGCGGCUGCUGCUGCAGCCGAGGAUUGAUAUUUAUUUUUGCAUUGCAAUAGCUGAAGGCGUUUUAUUUAACGGUCUUUUUACCUGGAUGUUGUCUGUGAGGAGUCUAAAUGGACACAAAUAAAGCCAAUAUAUUUACACUGUGCA